AUGUCUUUCCUCCGCAACGUCAAGAGCCUUGCUCCCCUCCUCGACCGCGUCCUGGUCCAGCGUGUCAAGCCCGAGGCCAAGACCGCCUCCGGUAUCUUCCUCCCCGAGAGCAGCGUCAAGGAGCAGAACGAGGCCAAGGUCCUCGCUGUUGGCCCCGGUGUCUUUGACAAGAACGGCCAGCGCCUCCCCAUGAGCGUUGCUCCCGGUGACCGUGUCCUGAUCCCUCAGUUCGGUGGCAGCGCCGUCAAGGUCGGUGAGGACGAGUACACUCUUUUCCGCGACCAUGAGAUCCUUGCCAAGAUCCAAGAGUAA